CCGGAACCACGGAAGGGACGUCAUUUAUCUCUUUUCAACUGUUCAAACUAACAACAAUUAGUUUCGCUUCGAGCCAAGCUUCGUCUAUAUACGUCGUUUUGAAAACUUCCCCGUUUUGUAUGUUGUUGGACCACAUCAUGUGUGUUGGGACUCUCAGCCUGGGAGUCCUUCUCUUGGCAAUUUGUCACAGUUUUGCUUCAACUCAGGAGCUGCAUAAACCACCCACAAACAUUGCUGUGGUAGGAGCAGGCAUCGGCGGCUCGGCCGCAGCCUUCUACUUGAGGGAGGAGUUCGGACCUACUGUCAAGAUAGACGUGUUCGAACCCGGCGAUGUCGGUGGAAGACUGGCGACGGCGCAGAUAGCAAACCAGGAAUAUGAAACGGGAGGUGUGGCGAUCCAUCCCCUCAACCUCCACAUGAAGCACUUUGUUGACAAAUUAGGCAUCUCCACACGUCAGGACGUCCCGUCGAAAAAGGCGGUCUUUGACGGCAGUGAGCUCGUUUUCGAAGAAAGUGACUGGUUCAUCGUAAACUUCUUGCGCAUGCUGUGGCGCUAUGGGCUCAACUAUCUGUUCAUGCAGAUGUGGGUGGAGAGUGUUAUGGAUAAAUUUAUGAGGAUCUACCAGUACCAGCAGUACGGUUACUCCUUCACCAGCGUGGAGAGGCUUCUGCACGCCAUGGGAGGGGAUGACUUCCUCAGCCUAAUGAAUCAUUCGCUGGAGCAAACCAUGAGAGCCGAAGGAUUUCCGCAGAGCUACCUCAACGACGUGGUGGCUCCCCUCACGCGCCAAACCUACGGCCAAAGCGUCCGCAUCAACGGCCUCGCGGGGGCUGUGUCAUUGUCGGGGUCUGACUCAGGCCAUUGGGCUGUGGACGGAGGCAACAAAAGAGUUUGCUCAGGACUUCUUUACCACAGCAAAAGUGAACUCAUCCGAGCCAGCGUGACCAACAUUUUGUUCAAAGUCCGCCCUUCCAAGACAGGGCCCUCCGUUGGGUUCUAUGAGGUCAAUUAUGUUGGAGACACCGGUGCAGGGCACUCCAUGUAUGACAUCGUUGUCAUAGCAACCCCACUUCACCAGGGCAAGUCUGACAUCUUGUUCUCAGGUCUAUCCCCGCCCGUGAUGUCCCAUUUCCCAGGCAUCUACCACCGAGUGUUCUCCAUUCUGGUCCACGGCGUGCUUAACACGUCCUACCUUGGAGUCACACGGCCCCCUUCGGAAUUCACGGUGUCUGAAGUUCUCACCGCAGACUCCAAAGAACACAUGUACAGUUUAACAUCUGUCGAUCCGGUCCACAUCCCGGCCGGCUACAGCCGACCUUCCGCCAGCCACAGCAAAGUUUGGAAAGUGUUUUCUUCACGAGAGCUAGACCAAGAGGACCUGCGUCGUUUGUUCCUCUCGUGGGAUUCGGUAUCACAAACUCCAUGGCUGGCCUACCCCACUUACCGCUCCCCACAACGCCAGACCCCGCCUUUUAUCCUCCACAGCAGACUCUACUACCUCAGCGCCGUGGAGUGGGCAGCUAGCUCCAUGGAGAUGAGCGCCAUCUCAGCCAGGAACGUGGCGUUGCUGGCGCACCACCGCUGGCACCAGCAGAAGGGCCGGAUCGACCAAGAGGACCUGCACACGCGCUUGCGGGGGGAACUCUGAAGCACAAGGCGUUGGCCCAAAAACAUCAGGUAUUUGGUUGGAAUCAGGGUCAGAUUUAUUUUCGGCAACAGAAUUAUUAUUAUUAAGAUGAUGAUUUGCCAAAAAUAUGUCUUUUUAUCGCUUCCAGAUGAGCUGCUAGUCUGCAAAGUGGCACCUACAGCGUAGGCAAAAUAGUGUGCCGUUUUUUCUCAUUGGGUCCAUAGAACAUUUAGAGUCCUGUAAUUAAUUUAGCAUUGAUUUCGUCAUUUUUUUCUUAAAAAUAAUCUUUACAAUAUGUGUGCCCUCUCUUGUCUAAUUCUGAUUAUUAUCGCCUUUGUGGAAUAUGAGUUAAGCAAAAAUGGCCGCCUCCAGGAAUGGAUAAUGACGGGUGGUUUUUUAAGUUUUAUUUAUAUUUCACAAAUACAAUAUUAAUCAAAAUGUUUUUUUUCUUUUCCGUCACUGGUUUCCAUCUCAAGUAGACCUAUUAUUAAAAUUCAACAAUUUUUCAUCAUUUAGAUUGAACUUUGCUCCGCUUUAAAAGCGUCCCCAUACAUGUGUUCGUUGUUUCGCAAUGAGCUUGGGCUUUUCUGAAGUCAGCCUCACAAGAAUGAAAGGCACGUUUUGCAGAAGUUAUUAAGAAACACUUACUACUCCAAACGACUAGUUGUGGUUUUCUUUGUUACUAACAGGCGUGACUGCAUUGCACUGACAUGAAUUACAAUAAAUUACUGAGCCACGUGGAAUUGUAGCGUAGAGCCCAACCGAUAUAAAUUUCUUUUUGGCCAAUGCCGAUAUUUGAACGACAAUAAAACUGAUUAAUCGGCCAAUAAAUGUGGCUUGGUGUACUGUAAAAAAAAAAAAAAGUUCGGGGUAUCGCUAUCACAAAUGAUGGGAAGUAUUUAAAGUUAAAGUUAACUGGAGAAGACAGAAAAUCGACCAUUAUUGCUAAACUGUCAUGACAUGAAAUCGUCACAAAUCACUGGAAUUGCUGGCCCGAAAUGUUUUACAAUGCCAACUGUCAAUAAUUUCUCCGAACUAUUCAAAGUGAGGCUUUUCUAAAAUUUUAAUUCGUAUGAGAGGACAAUAUGUAUGUGCGAUCACUGAAAUUUAUUGUAUGAUAAUGAGGCUUAACUUCGGACCUUUCCUUAUUUUCCCUCUUGGCCUUCAGUCAGCAAAACACUUUAUACCUAAAUAUGUUUAAACUGUAAAUGUUGGUUAACGAUAACUUCUUCCUCUGACCUACCUCCUGAACAGACUACCAUUAAAUUCUUUUUAUACACGAAAUGGGGUAAAUAAAGCUACUUUUAUUUUUUAAAGAUUACUAUUGUAGAAUAAUUAUGCUGGUGUAACUGGAAUCAGGGAGACAAAUGUUUGCAACUGUCAUUUUAAGUAUUGUAUACAUGCCAUAUUGUUCUUUUGUAAUGCAUUGGCAACUAUAUUUUAAAAAGAAGAAGCAUUUACUAAAGCACUUUUAAAGAGGGCUAAAUAGGCACUUUAAUUGACAACAUUUAUGAACUCAAACACUUUGGAACAAGUAAAAAAUGUUUUAUGAGACUUUGAACUGACACAUUGUGUUGUGUAUUUGUUUAGUAACAAAAGUCCCCUCUACCAAUGCCCCAAUUGUGACUGUGUAGCAUUGUGAGCUCCCAGUUAUCAGCCAAAUAAAAUCAGAUUUAAAAAAUAAAAUGAAAGGAAAUAAACAUUGUCUCCACUUGUCAA